CUUGGUAACUGGAAGCGCGGUAAAUAUCUACACAUUUGUGAACCUGUGGCAUCUUUUAUUGUAAACAUUCAACAUUUUAACGAAGUUCUUGCUUAAACAACUGCAAAUUUUGAAGCUACAAUCUAUAGGCGUUUCAAAGAAGCACCGAAAGUCUCCACACACCGACACACGAUGGUAUGUUUGACAUAUUCAAUCUGCUUUUGCGUUUGGCGUUUAUACAUUUUGGAAGAUAUCAAGGAAAGAUAUUGUUGUGUUUACGUUUUAAAAUAAUAAUUAAGUUGUAUUGUGUAAAAAUAUUGCUCGGCUGAGAAGUUACGUGUCAGUAUUUUGAUUCCAAGAUGGCUGUGCAAUGUUUUGCAGUGGACUGCAUAGCUUUAUAGAAUUCCUAUCUGGGACAACUAUUUCAAUGUAUUAUGUUAUUUAUAUGUAAAAAUAGGGUAUUGUUUUACAAGCAAAUCUGUCCUCACAAAUUUGCUACGAUAAAUCAACUGCAUGGCAACCUGGAAUGUAGGCAAAGUUUCAAAUGAAUUUUUCCAAAAUAGAUAUGUGAUAUCUCAUUUGCAAUACGCAAAGGGCCAUUCCAUUUAAUAUACACCCCCCCCCCCCUAUGGAUGAGAAUUUCUGAGGGGGUUGAAAAAGCCAUUUCUGAGGGGUUGUGUGCAUCGGCAUCCUUUAAUCUUUGCGUUUUUUCUGAGGGGUAAGGCAAAAAUUUCUUAAUUUCUGGGGGGGUGUUUGUGUCGGCACUUUGAUUUUUUUUUCUUAGGGGUUCAAAUUUUAUUGAACUCGUCCAUAGGGUUGGGCGAUAUUUCGAUAUUUUGAUUUAUCGCGAUAUUUUCAAUCGCGAUUAUCGUAUCGAAGGUAGAAACUUGAGCGACGAUAUAUCGAAAUUAUCGUCAUGGUCGGAGACUAUCGUGAUAUUGCUUCGCAUGUGUACAUAGAGUCCUAAAAAAUUCUUUCAGUUCCUAGAAAAUAUAGUUUUCAAAAGAAUUAAAACUAUUUCCUGAAUUAAGUACGAAUUUAAUGCGCCACAAAAGCUAAUAUUUAUGUAUUAGUAUAAUUACAUAAGUGAUUAUUGAAAAUUCUCCAUGCUGAUUGGUUGCCGUUGAGGUGAUUAUUACGCGAUAAUCACCUAAGCGAUUUUCAAAAUGGCGGCCGAAGCCGUUUUGUCAAUUAAAUGACGAAGAAACAUGUAUUCUUUAUUUUUUUCUAAAUAAUCACCUAUGAAAUUAUACUAAAACAAUUAUUCACCUCAGGCUCGGUGAUUAUCGUGAAUAAAAACCUCGACUUCGUCUCGGUUUUUAUUCACCGAUAAUCGCCUCGCCUUCAGCGAAUAAUUGUUAAUUAAUCCACUGAACAAUGAAAUUGCAGGCUUAAUUGCUUGGGCUGUGUGCACACAGCAUUUGCGCCAGUGGAGACAUAGUAGAUAAUGAAUAUGCAGUUCUGGUUUAUGAACAGUGAAUAUUAGACUAGAAAAAGUAUUCAUAUUACUUUAAUUGGUUGUUUUUACUUGUUUUUUAAUGAGAUUAUAUAUAAGCAUCGGCUAUGCUUUGAUAUUAAUUAAAAUUGAAAAAUGUGGUCACUGUUUUUAUUGCAUUUAUCGCGAUAUUAUCGAAUAUCGUGAUAAUUUCCUUGACAAUAAUCGUGAGAUGAUUUUUUUAAUAUCGCCCAACCCUACUCGUCCAUAGGGGGGUGUGUACAUUAAAUGGAAUGGCCCAAAUUCCCUCCUCCUCCUCCCCCCUUGUAAAGGUUGAGUAUUUAUCACUACACAGAGGUUAAAAAUAUGCCUUAGAAGUGCUGUACAAAGUUGUACAAUUUAGAGCUGUGCGCCGGAAUACCGGAGCUGGAGCUCCAGAAUAUUUUGCCGGAGCCGGAGUUAGAAAACUCGGGCAAAAACUCCGGCAGACAAAAUUAUGAAAAAUUAUUUCAUAUUUCAAUGAACUUUUGGUAAUGAAAAAAUUAAGUUGACUGAUUUGAGGUUACUAUAAAGUUUAAUUACUUGCUCCAAUCUGAUUUGUGGCUUCUAAAAUUCUGCAAACGAAUUGCUAUCGUUUUUGAUACAAAAAUCCGCUGACCCUGAUGUAUUUUGGGCGAAAAUACCAUGAACUGCCAUGUGGUUUUACUUUCUACAACCAAAGUACGUAUAUUUGAUCAGUAAAGGAGAAAGUUGAAAAAUAUAAUCUGCUUCUACUUUUAAAUAUGAAAUUUCCUUAAAAUUUCAUUGCCGGAGUUUUGAUUGCCGGAGCUAAAAUAACCGUCUUCAGACUUGCUAAUUUUCCAUCUUGCUAUCCACAGCAGUUUUGCAGAAAUGGAUCCGAGAAUUGAAAUGUUCAUGAUUUUAAAUUGUUUAAGACAGUUAUGAGGCCCACCAAGGGGUUAUGCCCGACAGGUGACAUUCCUUAAAAAGAGGUGACAGACUAUCUAAAAAAGAGCGACAAACAACGGCUUCUGACUGGGGACGAGCAACAGAUCGUGAUUUGUGUUAUAGGUCAAAAGUGACAGCGACAUUUAUUACAAUAAAACAAGCGACAAAGCAACUACAAAACGAGUGACAAGCGACCUGGGUUACACCCUUGAUGGGCCUCAGUUAUCUUGCAAUUUAGUUUUUUGUAUACAUUUGACUGGAAUUUGCUACUUUCAAUGAGGCUUAUCUUCUCGGGAAAUGAGGCCAUUUUUAUGUAUACAAACUAAAUAAAACUAUAAAACAAUUAAUUUUUAAAAGUUCAUUGCAUGAAACGAUUUUCCAAAUACAUGUAAACUUUCGAAAAUUGAAACCUUGCUUAUCCCACUUCAGGCAAACAGUGAUAUUUUUGAGAUCAGUGAGGUCCACCCAUGAAACAUAACCACACGCCCACAAUUAUUGGUGAACUGAACGGUGAUGUUACUUUUCCCCGGGUAAAAUAGCUGAGUGGAAUCAGUGCCCUUGUCCCGAGCUGAAGCCAGAAAUGGCGCUGUUUGCUUCCAGGGGACUAUGUAUUAGAGCUGUGCGGUUAACCGAAAAAUUCGGUUCUUCCGGUAAUUUUUUCAGCACCGAAAAAUUAUACGCAAAAGAACCUGUAGUUUCGGUUUUAAUUUCCCGUUUAACGCCCGCCAAACGCCCACCUGAUUGCAGGUUGAAAUGUUUGGAAAAUAACAAGAUUGUGCUCUUUGUGCACAAUAUGCACUGUACUAAGUGCUCAAAUAGUUGAUAUUUUAGUUGUGAUAGUUAGGCGUAGCAAAAAAAUGUUGUGUUUCCGGUAACGAACUUUUAUUAAAAUCAGGUCAGUAGGUCGGAAAAUAAUUUUAUUUUAUUAAUUUUUUUUUAUUUUUAAAAUAAGAUUAUCAACUUAUCAACGUGCCAAUACUAUAUGUCAAUUCAACCCUACAUUGAAUUUGUGAUGAAUUUAAACAACAUUUAUGUGACUCAUACUAAUAGGAAUAUCUGUAAUCAAGAUCGCGUAGCAAGACACACGAAAAGAAAUCAGUUUAAUAACAGAUUAAACUUUUUAUUCCUAAACUACUGGAUUAAAUAGCUCUGUAUAUAAAUAACUUUUGUAGAGUCACAUUACUUAUAAAACGAACAUGAAAAACAAUUAUCUAUAAAUAGAAUCUUGUCAUGUUAUUUUACUUCGUCGAUCCAUAUUGACGGUGACAAAUAGGUUCUAGGCCAUUUCCCCUGCAAUCAAUUGGUCCGUGGUGAGCGUUGAAAAUUUCAAGGAACGUUCUUGUAAUAUCAAUAUUCACCAACUUUUUUGUGCCACUUUUGUUGUGGUCACAUUUUUCAAUGACCAUGCACCGGAAAUAAACAUGUUUCAAAUGACCACCGGAAAUAAAUGUGUCAGAAAUAAUCUAGACGCCCUCUGCUAGACGGCGUGGAUAAUGACUUUCCGGACAAUUGAAAUUACAGUAUUACAUGGGAAUAUGCUGGGAAAUAAGCUAACAAGAUAAGAGAGACUUUGUAUUUAGUUCAGAUUAUUCUGGACUUUAAAUAUGAAAAAAAUAGAAAAAAUGUUUCAGGUCGGCGGAAAAUUUCAGGUCGGUCGGGUUACCGGAAACACAACAUUUUUUUUGCUACGCCUUAUUGUUGUGAACUUGCUUUUAAAAACAAAGAAAUAUUUCAUCUUCAUAAAUAAAUUCCAAUUGUUCUUUUAAAAUAUUCAGAGUUUUAUAAAAACUUACAAAGGCAUAAAUUCAUCUAUUUAGUAAAAAUGCUCGAAACAUACAUAAUUCUUCAUAAUACACUGUUCUUCUUUUUUUGAAAAUAACCGAAACCGAACCGAACCAAGGUUUUUUUGUUCCAAAAAACCCGGAACCGAGAUAAAAUAUUUGGAACCGCACAGCUCUACUAUGUAUUGAAUUAUGCUAAUAGUGAUGGAUGAUUCCAACUACAGACGAAAUUUUGAUCUAGACAAGAAGAACGAAAUCCAUUAGGCCAAAAAAAAAAUAUGUGUGUUUCCGGUUUCUUCUUAUAAAAAUUUAGGCAGGGUAGGUCGAUUUUAACUUUUUUUUUAAUAAACUUUUUUUUUAAUUUUUCCGAACAAGCGGACGCCAUUUUGUUUAGUCAGUGCUUCCACAUCCAAAGAUAAAUUUCCCUAAUAUUGCCUCAAAUUUCAAUUUUCCACAAACCUUUUCCUCUAAGUGGAAACACUUACAACAUGAUCCAAUAAAAAAGUUUAGGGUCGGGAUUUCGACGUCCAAAAGCUAGGUAGGGUCGGGAAACCGGAAACCCACAUAUUUUUUUUUUGGCCUUACCAUAGCUGGAAAGAGCAUAUUAAUAAUUUAUAAUGAGUAAAAUUGCAAAGUUUGGUUGGGAAUUGUUGUAAAAUGAGGAAAAUAUAGCCCCAGUUUGAAGUUCGCAAAUUUUGUAUAUAUUUGCAUUACACCGUGACCAUUUUUUAGCCGAACGUGGGUUAAUUUUAGUUUUAUGUCUCCUUCAAAUAUGGAUUUUUUUCUUAAAAGGCUACAUCCUAUAGAAAGGCAGCUCUUUCAACAGGAACAAGGAAGAAAACUGGUAAAAAAAUUUUGUAUUUGUCAUACGUACAGUACAGUAUUUAAUAGUACAGUACAGUUCAGACUUAGCCAAAAAUAUCCUGUCGUUCCAGUCUCCCAACAAGACCUCUUUUUCUGCCAAGUUGUUUGCUUGUGUACCAUCCCUAUUUUUUUCAUUUCUUGCUUUACUGUAUGCCAAAAAUGGUGUCCAUUGCCGACAGGUAUUGCUUCUUGAAAUAUUUUAUGUUUUUUGGCAAUGCCAACUGUCACACUCAUGGCUAUUGCUAACCAAUGUGUGAAGCAAAAAUUUUUCCGACCUACUGUACCUUCCUUAUGUUUUACUUUUAUAGGAUAUUUUUUGUUAGGCCCAAUCCAUUUCAAGAGUGGGGUUUGGGUGGCUGGGUUCUAAAAAUCUUUCAAAAUUAAUCAGUUGACAGAAUAUGGAUCUAAGUAAUAAUAUUCUAUAUUUUACAAUCAAAUGUCUUGUCAUUGUGUUCCGCUGUUAUCUACAAAAUUUCGUUAUGUCUAAAGUGUAUUUAUAAUCAUCGACAGUCAACUUUGUGAGUAAAAAAAGACACUUAAACAAUAAUGUAAGAUUAACUGUAAUGCAAGAUUACCAGGCAACCUCGUACCCAGGCUCUUUGUAGUGGAGAGAGCCUGGAUACGAGGUUGAUUACCAGACAGGGUGCAUGUCCUUACACCACCUUAAGAAAUUGACUAGCUCGUAAAUCUCAAAAAACCAAGCCCCAAAUUUGAACGCCCAGGUCCUGGAUAAGAUCUCACUUCCAUCAUGUAGACUAUACUAGGUAGAUUUGAGUACCAAACAAUUUAUGCAAGACUUUUGUUUAAAGCAUGUUUUCGAUGGUAUAUCACUGAUCUUAGAGGGUGGUAUACAGUACAGUAUGUGUUCAAUGGUUACACGGGUACGGUAAAAUGUAAAUUUACUGAUUUACCUAACUUGUGCACAUCCACUUCAAUUAUAAGCAAGCUGCAAGUUGCCAUUAUAUAAUGGAUUUCCCUUUCUCUUGCCCACAGGAAAAACAGUGACAGGCCUGCCUGCCAUUUACAUAGACUAAAGACAGAUCACUUUCCUUUUUAAAUAGAAGGGAGUUUUAUGUUGAUUUAGCCUGAAAAAAGGGGCAGCUGAGGUUUCUAUUGAAUUGAUAUCUUCAUUAUAAUAAAUGCUCUAGGUCCUAAGCCUGAGCUCACUGAAGAACAAAAGCAAGAAAUCAGAGAGGCAUUUGAUUUGUUUGAUGCUGAUGGAUCUGGAACUAUUGAUGCAAAAGAAUUAAAGGUUAUUUGAAACGUCAAAUUAAUUAUUCAACUUGAUGCAUGCAAUUUUAAUGUACAAUUCCACGCAAAAGUAAAUGCUGUUCAUUUAGACCAGGUUUCCACGGUCGUAAAGACAAGUUCUCAACGGCGAGAUAAUAAUAGUUUUUUACCUGUAAACCAGUAUUAUACAGGGGGUGCUAAAAAAAGUGCCCCCCCCAUAAAAAAUGGUAUAUCCUGUUCUUUGCCACCAUAAAUAAAGAAAGUCCUAACAAAAGUUAUGUUUUGAACUUACUUGUUUAGUUUUGUGUAUGUGUGAAUAAAAUUUGUGAUUUCAAGUCAAGGAUUAGAAAAACAGAUACGUUUACAGAAUUUUUACUCAAAAUUAAAGAUGGCGGAUUUCAAUCAGAAAUGUACUUAUGUACGAAUAUCGUUGGAUGAUAUGAUAUCUAUAUCAUGCGGUUUUAUUUUGCAUUAGUCAUCCAGAAAUGACCUGCCAAAAGGUUUGAAUGAAUCGGGAGGAACUGACUGAUGUGAUGCAGCACGUUUGCCAGUUUUCACACGUGUAUGUGAUAAAAUGUUUACACAGAUUCGCACAUCGGCUAACAUAAUCAAACUUUCCUGACAGUUGGCUUACAACCCAGGAAGCCAAGAAAAGACAGUGUUUUGCAUCAAAUUGUGUGGCAACGGUUGAUUGAAAUAUUGCAAUAUAGCUUUACCAGUAUAUCAUAACUUAGUAAAAGUGGCUUGGGGGCACACGUUCGUUAUUAUAAAAAUACAUUCAGUACCCUAACGAUACGACUGCACACAUAAAAUAAUUACAUUAAUUAUUGGAGCUUUACGCCAUUCCACUUUUGUGACUAAGGUAGGAAUAUCAGAACAUUGUGGCAAGAAGAAUUUGAUAAUUUUGGCACAUUUCUGAUUGAAAUCCGCCAUCUUUAAUUUUGAGUAAAAUCUCUGUAACUGACGAAGAAUUGCAGGUACAGUAUGACUGAAAAUUUUAAGAAUUUACGAUGCUUGUUUCGUCAAGUGUUUGCCCUAUGCAGAGUUGAUGCAAUACAUACAAUGCUGAAAAAUUGGUCUGACACUUAACCCACCUUACAAUGACUUUGGCAUACUUUAUCCAUGCUUAACCCAACUUAGGCCGGAUUACAACUGCUUUUGCAUGCUUUCAACUCCCUUUACCCGACUUAACCCACCUUACAAUGACUUUGACAUACUUUAACCUUGCUUUACCCUACUUAGAUCGACUUAAGGCCGGAUUACAACUGCUUUUGCAUGCUUUCAACUCCCUUUACCCGACUUAACCCACCUUACAAUGACUUUGACAUACUUUAGACAUCGUCAGACAAACCCACGUUUUGGUCGGACGUGAUCGGGCCACUAAUUUUUUGUAGGAUUCAAUUGAAGAAAACAAAAGUAUUGCAUUGUUAUUUCACGUCAUAUACGAAAUUUGAAUAUGAAUUCAAAGUACUGUAGUAUAGGCUGUAUAGCAAUUAAUUUGAUCAAUAAUACCUCAACAUUAUGACAUUUUGAUUGCGCAAGAACUUGAGUCUCGAUGGUUUCACUAUCGGUAUUUUUCUGCAAACCUUGUUCUGUAACUUUAUAAUUUUAAAUUUUAGGUUGCAAUGAGAGCAUUAGGUUUUGAACCAAAGAAAGAAGAAAUUAAAAAGAUGAUCUCUGAUAUUGACAAAGAUGGCUCAGGUAAGCAAUCUGAGCUUUUGAAAUGAGAUACGUAUUAAUAAAGAGAUGGUUCGUGUCAAAACAAGACUGAGGUGGAUUGUAUAAGUAUUAAGUGGUAUGAUGGAGAUCAGUGAUCGUUAUGCAGGGUUCUAAUUAGGGAGAAAAAGUCGACUCGCAAUUUUUUUGGAAGAAAAUUUUGAGAUUCUUGCCCGCAAAAUACCGAAUAGACAUCUUAAAUGAAGUCCUGCCCUUCCGGAAAACUCGCUUCACAAGCUUCUUAUAAAGGAAAUUUUUAAGUUUAAAGUUUCUGUUAAAACAGAACACCGUUUUAAUAAUAACUAAAUGCCGUUGUUCACUCUUGUAGCUACCGCAACUCGUAAGUCUUGGCGUGCACUCGAGGAACAAAUUGUGUUAACGAAUAUAAUUUACACUUCAAUCUUUGUUGAGAAAGAAUUGAUACAGUUUUUUAGUUUACCAUUUACUUGUUCUUUCAUUAUUGUUCAAGUUUAUACAUUGAAAAUACACUUAUUUGGCUAUGUAUGUUCUUCUAAGAUUACUACCGUGUUUAAUGAAGCAGAUUAUUGAUUACUCCGCCAUUCUGUUCACGACAUGUGCGAAAAGCCGAAAACCGUGAUGUAAACAACCUUGACCGGGCUUGGGGCGGCAAGAUGGCGGCUAUUAAAUUUCCUCGUAAACUUCGUCCCUCUGACUUCGUCCUAAAUUGCGUAAAUAUGUAAAAUAUAUCAGGUAUUUUUUUAUCGUUUCACAUAUGUUUUUUUAGAAAAACAAAAAUUGAAAACUAAGUCAUUUCGUAAAAAAUUUCGAUUCGCAAAAAUAAAAUUUUCGAAUCGCAAAAGCAAGAAAUCGGCUCGCAAAUUGCGAAUUGCGACCUGCUAAUUCGAACCCUGCAUUAUGUUUAAAUUGAUGUUUAAAACUGUACUGUUUUAUUUGUCGCUCGCAUAUUUUUUUGGAUGUAUACAGUAAAGUCUUUAUUGCAUGUAUACAGUAAAGUACCAGCUACUACUAAUAACUUACUGACCGAGAGUGAGGGCAGUACGGGAAAAUAUCCAACCGAGGAACAGGAUAUACCAAAAAUACGAGCGGGGUCAAUACAGCAAGACCGAGGUUGGAUAUUUUCCCGUUCUGCCCGAACGGUUGAGGUCAGUAAGUUUUUUAUUAUAUGGCAUUGUGCGUUUGUAAAAAAUGGAAGAAAAGGUCACGCAAGGGCCGGGCAAAGUACAAAGUCCGGAAACAUUUGCAAAAAAAAACAAUUGUAAAAAAAUUAAUGUUCUUUGGUUAGUAAAACUGCUCUACAGUACUUUUUAUAUAGAAUACUAACACAGUUUGGAUAGUAUUUCAAGAAAAAUACGAGGUAUUUCGUCAUUUAAUCAAAGACAACAAAUAUGAAAACAAUAAAAUUCAAUAAAAUUACAAAAACAAGUACGUUUUUAGUUCGCUUCAUCUCAUAUUUAUGUCUCUUUUUAUCUAACAAAAACAGACAUUUUCAGGGAAAAAUUAUAAAUCUGUGGCUGUUUUAGUUGUAUUUUUUAUUUAGGAUGAUGUCAAAUUCCUCCUGGCUAUCUGCAAAUAAAAUUUGCAGCUCUUCGCAUUGUCAAAACACAACUAUUCCUGGCUGCUUUUAUAGUUAUAAACAUUGUAAAAUUUACCUUGUAAUUUUGACUUUCGCUAGCAAAAACGUAUGGAGAAAGUUCUUUAACCACAGCAGUUGCUCCUCUUUUUAUUUUAGGUUUAUUUUUCUUCGUUUUGAAUAGUUUUGAAAGACUUUUAGACACUUUUUGCUGUUUGAAACUCGGGUCUCGUCGCAGGGUAAUAAAAAUUACGUAGGCAAUACGGGGAAAUCCUGCCUCGUCAGCAGCCAAUCAAAUUGCGCGAUUCGUCAAAACAAAAGCUUGCCAUAUAAUAAUAUAAUUUAUUGCCAAAGUCCAGGAUAUUAAGAAUUCGUCGUUUUCAAAUAUGGAGAACAUUCAAAAUCAUUUGGUCAUGUUAUUUUAUUUUCCAGGAACAAUUGAUUUCAAUGAAUUUCUUCAAAUGAUGACUGCUAAAAUGGUAAGAAUACGGAGCAUUUAGCCAAAUCUCAAAUAUUUACCCUUAUACAGUACCUCAUCGUGGCAUAAUGUACAAUAUUAUACCUCAAAUUCAAAUUGUCCAAUGAAAAAACAUCAUUUGUACCACGUGGUAGUGUGAUUUUUUACGGUAUUUCACUCAAAUUCAUGAUUUCGCAAUCCAGCGUGGGAUACUAUAAUAUCCCACGGCAGAUCCACCGUGGGAUAUUAUAGUAUCUCACGCGCGACGCGUGGACACCACGCUCUGAAUUCUGAAACAAUAUGGCGUUCGCGAGCUUGUACAGAACUACAGAAGAUUUUAAUAUCAAGUAAACCAAAUAUUUCAACACGUACGUUACUUUCAACGAUCCAAAGGAUACUUGCUCAAAUAUUUUAAGGAGAAAACGUCAAUCAGGUAUAGAUAAGGAAUUAAAAAUUGUAUUCGCGUAGUUAUUAAUAUUCAGCAAGUUUUAAAGUUUAUUCUGAACUUGAUAGACUCUUAGUGAGUUCUUUAACUUUCGGCAUAAUAUAUCAUUUAUAGACCCUCCGCUCGGGGGAUUCGGCGUAAUAUUUCCCUCAGUGAUGAUAUUUUCCUCGGGGCAAAGCCCCUCGGAAAAUAUCAUCACUUCGGGAAAUAUUACGCCGAAUCCCCCUCGCUCCGGGUCUAUAAAUGAUAAGUAGCUGAACUCUGUAGCUCAGUGGACAGAGCGCUGCAUUGGAAUGGCAGGACAACAGAUUUGAUUCCUCCCAGGGGGCCCAUAGUUGCAUUUUUCACAGGCGGUCCCAGUCAGGCCUAAAAUGUAUGCAUAUAAUUUUCGCCCGAAUUUCCCAUCAACAAAAACGCUUCAACAUUAAAUAAUACAGUCCUCAGACCUUCCUGACGAAAUGAAUGAAUGAAUACAUGAACAGGGGUGAAUGAAAUGUAGUCAUUGUUGUCUUGAAAGAGGUUAUGUUUUUUGGUGUUUUAGAGUGAAAAGGAUUCAAAGGAAGAAAUUUUAAAAGCGUUUAGAUUGUUCGACGACGAUGAAACGGUGGGUGAUAGAUUUCGCGAAAGAUAUUACUGUGAGGUGCCCCCACCUUUUAACAAAAACAACCAUAUCGUCAAAAUAUUAAUGAAUUUAUUGUUAGAGUCACUGAAGUGAUUUCACGUUGAUCUUUACCCCAAUUACAACCCUGUCUCUAACCUUGUGUGCGAAACGUAUAACCAAAACUCUUAAGAGUAAAAAUUAAUUACUUUAGACAUAGUUUUUUUUUUAUUUAAAACGUUACUUUUUUAAAUUCAAUUUUUGCUCUGAUUUGCACGACACUUGAUCCGUCCUUUGUUCAAACGAUCAUUAUAGCCGACAGACAAUUCGUCAGUUUUAGAGUAGAUUCUAUGUAGGUAUUCUCGUCAAAAAUCCCUUUUAAAAGUAUUGAAGUCCCCUGUAUACUUUUGCGCAAUUUUCCAUAAUUUGGAAUAUAGAAAAAGUAAAUCAAUUAUUACUUUUAUUAUUAUUAUUAAACUUUUUUAAUUAACGUAUCAGAUAACAGAAUUAAUAUAGCCGAGGAAAAGUUCCUCUGCAUGCUAAGUGGAGGCACUAAUCGUCUAGGAUCUACUUGGUUGAACAAGAAGUUUCGCGAAUGUGUGGUAUUAAAAAUUAGUACCAGAUGGGCUUUUUUCUCUAAUUUCCCAUGUAAAAAAUUAACAAAAAUCUGAUGUCUCUAACCGACCAGAAACGGGUAGACGUGUAAAAUGAUAUUACCAUAGUGUAAUGUGUUUGUGAUGAUUGAUAUAUGUUUUUGAAACACAUUUAGGGCAAGAUCUCGUUCAAGAAUUUAAAAAGAGUAGCGAAAGAACUUGGGGAAAACUUAACUGACGAAGAAUUGCAGGUACAGUAUGACUGCAUUUAAGACAUUUGAGAAUUUACGAUGCUUGUUUCGUCAAGUGUUUGCCCUAUGUAGAGUUGUUGCAAUACAUACUGUACAUUGUCAUUGCUGAAAAAUUGGUCUGACAGUACGUCAGACAAACCCAUGUUUUGGUCGGACGUGAUCGGGCCACUAAUUUUUUGUAGGAUUCAAUUGAAGAAAACAAAAGUAUUGCAUUGUUAUUUCACGUCAUAUACGAAAUUUGAAUAUGAAUUCAAAAUACUGUGGUAUAGGCUGUAUAGCAAUUAAUUUGAUGAAUAAUACCUCAACAUUAUGACAUUUUGAGUCUUGAGGGAAGAAGAUAUCAAAUUAAUAUGGAAAAAAUGGUCGCAUGUUUUGAGCGCAGUGCAGUCGUGGCGUUUUACUCGGAAAAUGGCCGAUAGCCGAUUGUUGUGUUGAAUGCUGACCUUGAAGAUACUGUUGCAGAAAAUAAAAUUUCUUUUGUUUUGUCAUAGUCUUCAGCCUGAACAGUAUGUUAAGACAUGUUACAACCCAUAUUUGUUGUAACAGAAUUUACUCAGACGUAGUUUCUAACAUGUUGACUGUCUGGCCAUAUUCCCUGGCAGUUUUGCAUAUUAUUACUGCAUAUUUUUUAUGGUUUAUUAAGUAUUUUAUUGAGAAUCAAACUGCCUCCAAUUUGACUCAUUGACUGUUAGUGAUUAAUAGAGGUAACAGAAGUUCUUCGGUAUAAAUGGCAUAAAACAAUGAGAAUAUUAAAAUAUAACGACCUAGUAUUGCAUAUGUAUGAUCGCUACAUGCACUAUAUUGCCAAUCGAAGCCAUCAAGACAAGUUCAGUACGAGCUACAGAUAUUUAGAAGCUCUGCGAAAGGCAUCAACAUGAUAAUCAGCCGUCCAAAACCCGUCCUUUCAUUUGAUGGCCAUCCAAAUGCAAAGGUAGUUAACUGGAGAACGGCAGGCUGGCUAAGGCCGUGGCAACAAUUCUCCCAGUGUGGCUUGUGCCUUAAGAAAAGUAAAUGCACCAUCCUUUCCUGUCAUUCUCAGUCUGUAAUUCAAUAGAUAUUUUUCAACUUGAUUCAUGGUUUGACCAGUUUCGCAUUUGUUUGUCGUUUCAGGAAAUGAUUGACGAAGCAGACAGAGAUGGUGAUGGUGAAAUCAACGAAGCUGAAUUUCUCCGCAUCAUGAAGAAAACUAGUCUUUAUUAAAUUAUUGCCUAUAUAAUAUUACAUCAAGGUUGUUUUAUAUAUAUCAUAAACUAACACAACUAUUUAUUUACAUGGACAGUUCACGUUUCUACGCCAUGUUAUGUCAACUCUGCACGCAGCCAUAAAAAUGUUGAACUUAUGAUAAGGAAGAAGGACAACUUCAGGUAUACGCUUGUGAAAGAAGCUUUGCAAUGAAAAACUUUGGAUGCUUUUCUUCUGCAUUUGAAAAUCUAAGCAUUUAAGGUAAACCUGGCAAACAAAAUCACUUGUAUGGCCACGAAUUAAGAUGUUCCUAUGGAAACAUUUGGAAUCGAGCCUUUGUGGACGUGAGCCAAAGACGAAGUUCCCACAAAAGUACCCUGUUAUUCAUUCCAUUUUCCCAGACAAUGCGUGAACUGUACAAAAAAAGGGAACCACUAGCCAUGAACUGAUAGGUCAGACAAAAUUGCAUUUACUAUAUGCAUCGCCAGAAACGUAUGCAUUUCCUUCCGUUUCCAGACAUGUACGCCUAUCGUACCUAUUUUUAUAUUUGUUAUUUUUGUUAUUUAAAAAUGUGCUCUUUCACAAGCGUACCGAAUGGUGGCGUCCAGUCCCCUUAAUUUUUUGUACAGGUGUUUUGUUGGCCAGUGUCUAUGUUUGACUAUAAUUUAAAUAAAUUGAGGAAAAUUUCUUGUGAUCAGGGAGAUAUUUAGCGGACUCUUCAAGUCUGUCAUUCUUAUCAUUUGUGUAUAUACCUGGAUCAACGGCUUACCUGCAUACGAUCAUGGAGAUCUGUUAUUAUUAACAAACAGUUCUGUAGUUGGUCAAAUGAGAAUACAUGAGAGCUGGCAAGCGAGAGUUUCUAGUCAUCCGACUCUCGUGCAACGAUUAGGCCUGUCCACAAGUUGCUCGGCAACGUCUUGGCAACUUUUCCUUGUACCAGCAACUUUUCUUUGAGCCGACAACUUCUCUAAGCAACUAUUUGGAAUUUUUUCCAUAUAUAAUUCAGCAAUUAAUUAUACAAUUUUGCUAGAAUAAACUUCCAAUGGAGGAAUGUUUUAACAUUCAAUCUUUAAAAAGAUUUAUAUUUUUUGUCGUUUUAACUUGUUUAAUUAAGCUCAGUAUUGAAUAAAUACAAGUUGAAAAAGAGUUCUCUGUCACGUAAUUUAUACGACAUGUAUUAAAUUGUCCGCAUGAGCCAACUGAGAACGAGGAAUUGUCGAUGCUCUAAACCUCUAAAGCCUGUUCUCCACCAGGCGAACUUUUUCGCGCGACGCGAAGCGAAAAACAAAUCUUGGCAAUGUGGUUGGUCAGCGAAAAAAUUCGCCGCGAAAAAGUUGGACAGUUCCUACUUUUUUACUGUUCGCGCGAACAAACUAGUGGAGAACGGGCUUAACGCACUUAUUUGUCCAGCACCAUGCAGUUCAAGCGAAUGUGAGAAUUUUGACAAAUCAUAUUUUUAAAACACUUGGCUCCCACUGAGCAACUUUCGUUAAAAACUAGCAACUUUUUUCAAAAUUUUGAGCAAUUUGUGGACAGGCCCCAGCAUUGAUCGAAGGAGAACAAUUGAUGAGAAUUAAAGUGGAUAUUACCGAUCAAACUCUCAUCAGACUUGAAACAUGCUCAAAGUAGAGAGUAUAUAGAUUGACCACCUUCUGCAGUUCUGUUGUACAAUAAUAGCCCACCUAUAUAGGAGGUAUCCGACUGGCUUUUGACUGAAGAACUUGUGUACCAUUUUUCUUUCAUCCAUUCUUAUAGUUAAGAAUAAAAUUAUCCAGGUAAAAUUAUAUGUGCAUGUCAAUGUUCGAAUUUCUUGUAAUUUAUAAAUGUUGUUAAAUACAUGUUAUUAGGCG